AUGCGGGAUCCGAGUCUUCGGCUUUUCACAAAGCCGCAUAAGGAGCGCGAAAAUUUCCCCCUCAUGAAGGCACAACCUUUUUUCUUCUUCGCCCUUUUCCUUGGUCUUAUGACCGAUGUAAACGUGACAGACUCCUCGCUCAGCACGACGAUCACGUCUUCCUACAACCCCUCGGCGCUACAGCAACUCGCCACGUUUGCGGACCUCGAGGCUACCGCGGAGGAGGAACACCUCGGAUGGGGGUCGUUCGCCAGCCUUGAGGCCUCCCCCCGCCCCGACCCCUGCUUGCGAUCGCAGUUGUUGCAGCCGAGUGAUCACGAUCGCGGCCUCCAAACCCCUUUUGCUUCCUCUUUUCCAUCUCAAUCUCUUCCUCCUCCUCUUCCUUGUCUUUGGGAGCAGCUCGACGUGAUGGAGGCGGCCCGCCUCACACACGACGAGGGCCUCCUCGACGCCACACGGCGGCUUCUCCAGCAGGGGAUGUUUUCCGUCAUCUACCGCUGCGAGUUAAGAGUGAGAGAGGGCAAGGGGGUGGGGGAGGAUGCCGCGGGGGGACGUCAUCACUGGAGCUGCGUGCGCUGCCACCACUCACAUCCAGUGGUGCGGGAGAGCUGCACCCGUUGUGGGGCUCCAAGCGCGUACACCAAACUGUUUUGUGGGCAAAUCCCGAAGGAAAUGCGGUGUGAGGGGUACUUGGCGAUGCUGCUGCGGGCUACGCACCCGGAGAUCCCCAUCCCCCGCAUUGAAUGCCACCUGAACGGCUCGAAGCGGGGGAAGGGAUGCGCCUCGAUCUACGUCUACCACACCCACGUCCGGGAGCUCGAAGCGAAGCUGCACCACAAUGUCUUUUUCGACAUCCUGCAUACCGACCCCGUCGGCGGCGGCGCCGCACUGGUGGCGUACUACGUCUACACAGAGCAGCGGCAAUGGCUUCAGGCGUUUGCGGCGGUGCGCGUGGCGCAGGAUCCGUUUCGGCCCUCGUAUCUACCGCGUGGUUUAAUGGUGAUGGAGGAGGCUAAAAAUACCACAUUACGGGGUGCCACCCUAGCGACGUGUCCACCCCGCGAGGUGUACUGA